CAAGAGGUUCCAAAUAUAGUGAUUUGACUUGAAGACUUUUGGUAUUUUGGAAAAUUGGUCGCUGAGGAAAGAUGGUCGCAACCGAAUUUAGUUGACUCGAGCCGUGAGAACAAGGUUCAGCCGCAGGCGCAGCCCUCGUCAGCUAUCACGCGAUAUAAAUCGAGAACGAAUAAUCUAAUUGUUUAAUAGAACAAAACAACCGUGCCAAGAUUACCUACCGCUAGCUCUAAGGAAAAAGCCCCGGGAAGAGGGUUGCGGAGACUGUGGUAACGCGUAUACGAAUGCGAGCCUAAUUAAGCUGCGCCCUCGUCAACUAUCACGUGAUAGAAAUCGAGAGCGAAUAAUCUAAUUGUUUAAUAGAAACUCGAUUUUAAACCAAUCAGCCCGCGUAUUUUCUUUGGGCUAUUUCUAAAUAUAUUAUACUUUUUUCACAUUCGUAUACGCGUAACCACAGUCUCCGCAACCUUGUUCCCAGGGCUUUUUCCUUAGAGCGUCAGGUAAUCUAGGCUCGGUUACCAAGUUUGUUGUUCGUUGACAACAAAUGGCGUCGUUGAUCACAAAAUGGUAGCCAUACCACAUAUUUGGCCGUACCUAGCCACAAAGGAUCUAGAGAGCAUUUUAUUUGCGACUCAUUGAUAGAGAAAAUAUUAUAGUAAAUAGUACAAGCACCAUGUCGACUAUGAUUAAUGGGCAGUUGAUUCUGGAAGAAGAAUAUGAUGAGAACUACCAACCCACUGAGCAGGAGAUAUUUGAGUAUGCACAGUCCAUUGGUAUAGAUCCUAUUAGAGAGAAAGAUCUUCUGUUCAUUGCACGGGAAGGAAUUGUUGCUCCCUUACCAGCUGACUGGAAACCUUGUCAAGAUGCCAGUGGAGAUAUUUAUUACUUCAACUUUCAAACUGGGGACAGUGUCUGGGAUCAUCCUUGUGAUGACUACUACAGGAACAUGGUUUUUGAAGAAAAGCGGAGAAGAACUGCCAUGGGCACCUCAUCAAAGAAAGAAAUCAAGAUUAAAGACAAAAAAGAUGGUGGAAAAAAGAACAAAACAUUAGAAGCACCAAUAAAGCAGAAGGUAAGCAUUGUACAAAAAAAAAAUUCAGUGAUGCAAGAAUUGAAUGCAAACACUGGAAUCCCAAUUCUUGAUCACUUGAUUUCUUAAACCUCCAACUAGCGCAAGCCAAAAGUUGUUUCCUUCAGACUUUUUUAACUGCAAUUUGGCCACUGUAUCUCAUGGCAUUUUUUUUAGUCAAUGAGACACAUCACUGAUCUUUACUGAACUAUACACAUAUUUAACAUAACUACACCUGUUGAGUGUAUACAUUUAUGUAGAUUUCUAUAAAAUUGAAUCCAAAAUUUUUUAACAAAG